AUGAAAGAUCCUGUGAGCUUCCAAAUCCCCUGCAUCAUAGGGGAUAUCAACAUUGAGAAGGCAUUGCGCGAUCUAGGAGCUAGCAUCAACCUCAUGUCCUUGGCCAGGAUGAAAAGAAUGAGAAUUGAAGAGGCUAAACCAACAAGAAUGGCACUUCAAUUAGCUGAUAGAACAUUCAAAUUUCCUCAUGGGGUGGUGGAAGACUUGUUGGUGAAAGUGAGAGAAUUCAUAUUCCCAGCAGACUUUGUUGUGCUUGAUAUAGAGGAAGAAUCCAAUGCAUCAAUCAUAUUGGGAAGACCAUUCUUAGCUACAACUGGGGCCAUAAUUGAUGUACAAAAGGGAGAGCUAGUCCUGAGAUUACAUGAAGAGAAGAUGGUAUUCAAUGUGUUCAAAGUAAUGAGUUACCCAAAGGAGUCCAUUGGUGAAUGCAUGAUGGUGGACACAAUGGAGAAGCUAGUUCAAGGAGUCCUAGAAGAGGAACAAUGUGAAGAAUCAAUGGAGCAAGAUCAACAAGCAUCAUGUGGUGAACUACCACAAGAAAACAUAGAAAGCCUAACCAUGCUAGACAAGGCAAGCAAGAAGGAAGUAGAAGCACCAAAGUUAAAAUUGAAGACCCUGCCCCCAAGCUUGAAGUAUGCCUACUUGGGUGACGACAACACAUAUCCAGUUAUCAUCAACUCAAGCUUGAGUAAAGUGCAAGAAGAGGAGCUUAUCAAUGUGCUAAAACAACACAAGGAUGCUAUAGGAUGGACACUUUCAAAUCUGAAGGGGAUUAGUCCUUCAAUGUGCAUGCAUAAAAUCCUUCUUGAGGAGGGUGCCAAGCCUUCAAGAUAG